GGCUGUCGAAGUCACGAAUUUCGUCGCUCUCAAUCUACAUCUCGUGCUAUCGGAGGGAUCAGUUCCCCUUGGGCGGGUUCCGUUGAUUGCUGAGAAUCCUGAAUUAUCAAGAGUUUAGCUCUUUUCCCUCCUUCGACCCUUUUUAGCUUCCCACGCUUCUCCUUCUUUUUCCUGCGAAAUGUCAACACCAAACCCCCCCUCUGGGGCCCGCCCUACCCGGCCAGUUUUGCAACAAAACUUCUCGAGCAGCUCGUUCAUCCAUGAUCAUCAGCAAUAUAAACCGUCGGUUCCCUACAACCAAACCAUAGGCAAUGUCCUCGAGAACGCUGAAGAGCCUAGCCUCCCCGUCUUCACACGCAAUGCGAACCCUAUCAGCCCUGACCCGAAGAGGGUGACGGAUAGUGGGAUCAUUCAUAGCAUCUUCCACCACCAGGAAGGUCUUCUUCCUCUCGGAACCCCCAAGCUAGUCGCCACGAUAUUCUAUAAGGCCUCUGAUCCAAUCCACCUGCACCCCCAUCCCGAUUCAUUCACCCAUGUCCCUGGCGAUAAACUUCCGCACCCCAUGGUUCCCGUCGGUUCGGCGCCGACCCUUGACAUGGAUAAAAUACCACGCGAACCCCCAGUACUGGAACCCGAGCCGUUGGAUCAUCUGUACGGUCCCUAUAUCUCACAGAUGUGCUUGACCAAUUUCCUUCAGGUCAUUGAAUCUCUCCCGACCCCGUACCAGCGCAUGGCCACCUCCCACCGUUGCCUCGACCGACAUGACCAACCUCGCGUUGUUGAGGUCACAUUUGCGCCGCCUCCAAAUCCAGAUUAUCUCACCUUUUCUGACCUUCGCAAGCAUGAAAGCAUAUGGCGAUUUGAGAGGGAAUGGAACGUAGAGGUUGUGCUCCAGAAGGAGAGCGUAUUCCGCAGACACAAGCGACUAGUUGUGUUUGAUAUGGAUAGUACAUUGAUUCAAAAUGAGGUGAUUGAUGAGAUUGCGAAAUUCAUCGGCGUUGAGGCGCAAGUUUCGGAAAUCACCGCCCGUGCGAUGAAUGGCGAGCUUGACUUCUCGGAAUCGCUCAAGGAGCGUGUCAGCUUGCUGAAGGGAGUUCCUGCUGACGUUUUUGAGAAGCUCAAGUCCGUGAUCACCAUCUCCCCCGGCGCAAAGGACUUAUGCAAAGCUCUAAAGAGGCUCGGUUGCAAGCUUGCGGUUCUGAGCGGAGGGUUCCAGCCUCUUGCGGAAUGGUUGGCCGGCGAGCUUGGUAUUGACUACGCCCAUGCUAAUCAUCUGGAAAUUGACCCCACAUCGCAAACCCUAACAGGGCGACUAGUCGAUUCAUAUCCCAUCAUUGACGCCAAUCAGAAACGCGCUUUACUCUACUCUAUCGCUGCAGAUCACAAAAUCGACAUCUCGCAGACGGUGUCCGUUGGUGACGGUGCCAAUGACCUUCUCAUGCUCCACGCCGCUGGGCUUGGAGUGGCCUGGCGCGCCAAGAGCAAGGUUCAACUCGAGGCUCCAACCCGUCUCAAUGGGGAGAGCCUUGUCGACGUUCUCUACCUCAUUGGUAUGACUCAGGAAGAAGUUGAGGAGCUCAUUGUCUAGUCUGCAUGCAAAAAUGAAAAAAAAAAAAAAAAUGCAUGGCUUCUUAUGACUUCUCUCUAGAGCACGGAGCUAUCAAACCCUACCUUUCCCGGUGGUUAUUCCUUGGUCUCUCGCCCGGCGCAGACCUUUUUGCUUCAACGACUUGUCAGCGGGUCCUACAAGGUUUUAUUAUACAUAUUUCCAGAUUUUUAUUUCCAUUCUUGGUUCGAGUCCCAGGACUUUCGAAUAUGCGAUUGUCGCCGUUAUGAUUCAACCACGACUAACCAGGCAUGGAAACGUAUAUGGUAACAUUCUGUCCGGACGUAGGUGUAGUUGACGGAACAUAAAGGUACAUAAGCGAGCCUCUGAUUAAAUGAUAUAUAUAUAUAUAUAUAUGUAUGUAUGUAUUUAUGAUACUCGUCUCAUUGAAUAAAUCUAUCUGUUGAACUAAAAAUGCUAUUGGUUUUUGCUC